AGAUACUAUUUUUUUAUGUAGUUGUAACCUCUUUCUGCGAACUUGAUAAUGUCUACACAUGUUGAGGAUUUGCGAUUUUUUUGUCAAUAAUUACUAACUUUGGCUGAUGCUGAUCAGAUUCCAGUUGUCAAUUAUAUUUUUCGCAAUUCUCUCAAGUUGAAGGCCAGUGAUGCGGAAAUAGUCAUGAGCUUGCAUACGGUAACUAGGAAAUUUGUCACCUUAAUAUCACUACUCAUUUCUAAAGACGAUAUCCAAGUUCUUGAAGUUGAUUGGAAAAGGGAUACCAUUGAGGUUCCAAUAGCUUCAAAACUUAGAAUAUUGACUGGUUUGCUACUUCGAGAAAUUAAAGAAUUUUGGCGUGUCGCUCUUCUUCUAUCUAUGCUGCUACAUCCUGUUGACGUUGUGUCCUCUACAAGUUUCUCAAAUGAGAACUUUGAACUGGACAAGAGUAGCGGAUUAUUUAAGACAGUAGAGAAUGCAGUAAGAACACUAGGUCUGGAGAAGGUUUGGGAAAUGAAACCACUGGUUAAUGGAAAGGAAAUUAUGAAUAUUUUGGAGAUUAAAAGUGGAGGGCCAGUUGUUAGAGAAUGGCAACAAAAACUGCUGGAGUGGCAGCUCGCACACCCUUCUGGUUCAGCUGAAGAAUGCAUCGACUGGAUGAAGCAAGCACAGUCAAAACGUGCAAGAACCGAGUAGUUUUGAACUUCAAUCAUAUAAGAGAAGUAUUGAAUAGCUGAUGGAAGAGAAGACGCAAGGUGUUAGAUGUUGCUCGACUCGACUUGACCCUUACAUGCAGAGAAAGAAAUAGGAGAA